CGGGAGGCCCAGCGGAGACAGUGCGGGAGGAUCCCGGCUGCUGCGGAGUCCCGGGUCAGCCGGGCUCAGCGGCGUAAGAAAUCCCAGAGGCUAACUCCAAGAGGCGCCCCCGCACCUAGUGGAAGACGAUCGGGCUCCCCUCGGCCGGGAGCCGCCGUUCAGUGAAGAUGGCGGGGCCGGAGCUACUGCUCGACUCCAACAUCCGCCUCUGGGUGGUCCUGCCCAUCGUUAUCAUCACUUUCUUCGUGGGUAUGAUCCGCCACUACGUGUCCAUCCUGCUGCAGAGCGACAAGAAACUCACCCAGGAACAGGUGUCUGACAGUCAAGUCCUGAUUCGAAGCAGAGUCCUCAGGGAAAAUGGAAAAUACAUUCCCAAACAGUCUUUCUUGACACGAAAAUACUACUUCAACAACCCAGAAGAUGGAUUUUUCAAAAAAACUAAAAGGAAGGUAGUGCCACCUUCACCUAUGACUGAUCCCACCAUGCUCACAGACAUGAUGAAAGGGAACGUAACAAACGUCCUUCCUAUGAUUCUCAUUGGUGGAUGGAUCAACAUGACGUUUUCAGGCUUUGUCACAACCAAGGUCCCAUUUCCACUGACCCUCCGUUUUAAGCCUAUGCUGCAGCAGGGAAUUGAACUGCUAACAUUAGAUGCAUCUUGGGUGAGUUCCGCAUCCUGGUACUUCCUCAAUGUGUUUGGGCUUCGCAGCAUUUACUCUCUGAUUUUGGGCCAAGACAAUGCCGCCGAUCAGUCACGAAUGAUGCAGGAGCAGAUGACUGGAGCUGCCAUGGCCAUGCCUGCAGACACCAACAAAGCGUUCAAGACAGAGUGGGAAGCUUUGGAGCUGACAGAUCACCAGUGGGCACUGGACGAUGUCGAAGAGGAGCUCAUGGCCAAAGACCUCCACUUUGAAGGCAUGUUCAAAAAGGAAUUACAGACCUCUAUUUUUUGAAGACCGAGCAGGGAUUCGCUGUGUCGGCAACGGAGUAGCGCUUGGCCUUGUAACUGUCGUUGGAGCUGGAGCCUCUGAAUAAAAAGGAGGGGCAGGAGCUGGCGGGUGUGUGCAGGCUUGUUCUUGUCUGAGCUGGAUCCCCUUUAAGUCUGAAACCAGAGCGAACAGGAGGAGUCUGCCGGUGACCUGCCAUUUAAAAAGUAUUCGGAAUCUUCCUUCUGGUGACUGGUAAGGCAGAGAAAGGGGAAACCCAAGUUAAUGAGAAUAUGUAAAACCGUAGCAAAAAUUCAGUCUUCGGGAGAAGCAUUGUCAAUUUUAACGAAUUACUAUGUUCCGUUCAGUCAGCCUGACUUCUAACCACCCUAAACACCCGUUUUCUAGGGAUCCAAGCACCAUGCAUUUCAUCUUUAAUCUUUUUGUUAGUGUUCUAAACUUUCUUUACAGAAGUAAUACAUUUUCACUACUGAAAAUUUAGAAACUACAGACGAGCACAAUGAAUCUCCCUGUUGUUUACGUGGAGCCUGCAGAGUGGCAGAGAGCGAAUGUGUCACAAGUAGUUAAAAAACUUGACAGAGUGAAUCCCCAGGCCGGGACAGACCUUCCGUCUCUCUUAAUCCUGUCCAGUGGAAAUGGGUGACUCUGAGGCACCAGCGGAUUCUCAGUGCCUUGGGGUCAUCACAGACAGGUUAAAUAACGCGAGGUCUUGACCUGGACGCCGUUGGCAGAUCGGCGGGGCUGCACCGUAAAGGCUGCUCUGUCCGACAGAAGACCUCAUUUUACAGUCACUCGGGACAGAAGGGAGAGAGGGCAGUUGCUGGCAGACACGUAGAUGAGGGUGCCAGGAAUAAUUCUGUGUGGAUUAUCCGUCCCGGAGACGUGGCAGGAGGCCGUUUGUACCAAGAAGUGGAUGUGAUUUGCAUGUUGAGCACUGUAAUCAAAAACAAACAGCUCCUGACUCUACAAAUAAAAAAACAUCCUGUUUUC